GCCACGCCCAGCACCGACCUUGUUCCCGGGACGCGCCGCCGCCGCUCGGAGCGCGCUGAUCCCGCCGAUCCCCGAGCCGCCGCCGCAGAGGCCGACAUGAGCCCGUCCUUGCUGUGUUAGGGCUGCCCCUCCCCACGUCAGUGACCCCAGCCCCACGGUGACGAUGCGGGCCUGGAAGGCGGUGGCCAGCACGCUGGCGCUCAGCGGGGCCGAUGUCGUGGUCACCACGCUGCUCUACACGCACGGCCAGGGCGGCCGGAAUGUCCUGCAGGACCUGCGGCACUUCAACAUCUUCAACUCGCUGCUGGACAUCUGGGGGGGCUGCCUGUACCGCAGCUGCGUGCUGCUGGGCGCCGCCAUCGGCGUGGCCACCAACACGGCCUACGGGCCCCGGCGCCUCCGGGCCUCGCGCACCUUCAUCGCCGUCGUCUGCCUCCUCAUGGGCAUCUACAUGAUGGUGAAGCUGCUGCUCUACUCGGAGGUGCGGAAGACCAUCAGGGACCCCUGGUUCUGGGGGCUCUUUGCCUGGACCUACGUGGCGCUGGCGGCCACCUUCGGGCUGUGGCAGCUGCUGGCCUGCGUCACCUCGUCCCGCGAGGCGCUGGGGCCCAGCUCCGAGUCCCGCGCCGAGGUGGAGGAGAGCUGUGAUGGGGGCACCCCGAGGGACAAGAGGGAGGAGGCAGCAGGUCCCACCAUCCAUAAACUGCUGUCCUACACCAAGCCAGAUGCCUUCUUCCUGGGCAUUGCCUCCUUCUUCCUCCUGGUGGCCGCCCUGGGAGAGACCUUCCUGCCCUAUUACACAGGGCUGGCCAUCGAUGGCAUCGUGGUGCAGAAGAGCAUGGAUCGCUUCUCCACAGCAGUGCUGGUCAUGUCGCUGCUCGCCAUAGGAAGCUCAUUUGCCGCAGGUAUCCGGGGCGGCGUUUUUACGCUCAUCUUUGCCCGGCUGAACAUCCGCCUUCGGAACUGCCUCUUCAGGUCCCUGGUGUCUCAGGAGAUGAGUUUUUUUGAUGAGAAUCGCACAGGGGACGUCAUCUCCCGCCUGACGUCGGACACGACCAUCGUGAGCGACCUGGUCUCCCAGAACAUCAACAUCUUCCUGCGCAACGUGGUCAAGGCCACGGGCGUCAUCUUCUUCAUGUUCAGCCUCUCCUGGAAGCUCUCCCUGGUCACCUUCAUGGGCUUCCCCAUCAUCAUGCUGGUGUCUGAUGUCUAUGGGAAGUACUACCAGAAGCUCUCCAAGGAUGUGCAGAGCGCUCUGGCCAAGGCCAACAACACGGCUGAGGAAACCAUCUCGGCCAUGAAGACCGUCCGCAGCUUCGCCAACGAGGAGACGGAGGCCAACGUGUACUGGCAGAAGCUGCAGCAGGUGUACAAGCUCAACAAGCGGGAGGCCAUGGCUUACACCUACUAUGUCUGGUCCAGUGGGCUGACCCUGCUGGUGGUCCAGGUCAGCAUCCUUUACUACGGAGGGCACCUCGUGAUCUCUGGGCAAAUGACGAGUGGAAACCUGAUAUCCUUCAUCAUUUAUGAGUUUGUCCUGGGGGACUGCAUGGAGUCCAUCGGCUCCGUGUACAGCGGCCUCAUGCAGGGCGUGGGAGCUGCUGAGAAGGUUUUUGAGUUCAUUGACCGCCAGCCCACCAUGGUGCACGACGGCUCCCUGGCCCCGGAUCACGUGGAGGGCAAGGUGGAGUUCAGGAAUGUCAGCUUCUCCUACCGCACUCGCUCUGCCACCCAGGUCCUCCAGGACGUGUCCUUCACCCUGCACCCUGGCAAAGUGACAGCGCUGGUGGGCCCUUCAGGGAGUGGGAAGAGCUCCUGUGUCAACAUCCUGGAGAACUUCUACCCGCUGCAGGACGGGCAGGUGCUGCUGGAUGGGCGUCCCAUUAACAUGUACGAUCACAAGUACCUGCACUCCGUGAUCUCCCUGGUGAGCCAGGAGCCCGUGCUGUUUGCCCGCUCUAUUGCAGACAAUAUUUCCUAUGGCUUGGCCUCAGCCUCCUUCGAGUCCGUGGUCCAGGCUGCCCAGAAGGCCAACGCCCACAACUUCAUCACCGAGCUGCAGGACGGCUACCACACAGAGGCGGGGGAAAAAGGAGCUCAGCUGUCAGGGGGGCAGAAGCAGAGGGUGGCCAUUGCCAGGGCCCUGAUCCGAGCCCCUCCCAUCCUCAUCCUGGACGAGGCCACGAGCGCGCUGGAUGCGGAGAGCGAGCACGCGAUUCAGCAGGCGAUUUACGGCGACUUGCAGAACCACACGGUGCUUGUCAUAGCUCACAGGCUGAGCACUGUGGAGAGGGCACACAACAUCAUUGUGCUGGACAAGGGCCGCGUGGUGCAGCAGGGCUCGCACAAGGAGCUGAUGGAAGAAGGAGGCCUUUAUUCCAAGCUGGUGCAGAGACAGAUCCUGGGGCUGGAGGGGGGCGGCACGGACAGUGGCCAGCCCGCAGCCCGGGGGGACGCGGCCAAGGCGCCCGGGGGGCUGGAGGAGGAGUUCAGGAUAGACCAUUCCCAUCCCCAUUCCCUGCCGGCCGCCGCCAUGGCACAGGACGAUUUCACCAGCGCUGCUGCGCCCAAGUGAGGGCGGCCGGCGCUCGGACGCUCCCUGGGAUGGAUGGAGGUGGCAGAAGGAACAGCUGGGAUAUGGAGGUGGCAGAAAGAUCAGCUGGGAUAUGGAGGUGGCAGAACGGCGCCGCUGGCUCGCCCCACGUCACACACCCUGCACACCCCAACACACACCAUAGAGCUUCCUGCAGGACGCCUGCCAGCCAGCAAAGCAGGGAUUCACUCGAGGGAAUCCUUAGCAAUUCUCAGCAUUUCUACUGGGUUUCUUUUCUUACUUCCAGUAACUCCUCUCGACUGGGACUUUUCGCCCAUCGAUCUGCAUGUGUAACUGCUAUUAACUGUAAUGGAUGUUAAAUGCAUGCGUGGGGGGGGGGACGGUUGAAAACCCCUCCAGGAAUUUCAGGGGGUGGCUUUUGUGGCUGGAUAGAAAAACUGACUGUAAAGCAAGGUCCUGCUCCCUCUGUCAGUCUAUGGGGCUAAUCCAAAGUUGGCUGAAGCCUGUAGGGAGUUCCCUUUGGCUUUGGUGAAAACUGGAUCACUCCCAUGGAGCUGAACGCGGGAGAGUUUUGCACUGAGUGCCUGCAGGCUCAGGCUCUCAACCAUUGCUGCUGAGCUUGUAUUACGUAGUAUCCAUCCUUGCUGGGACAAGCCAGGGGACCGGGAGGCAGAUGUUACUUUCUGGUUUGCUCUUGGUGCUUGGUGGGUGUUUGUUUUUAAGGAUGAAACGUUUUACCAUAUCUGGGUUAGGUUUUGGGGCUUGGGGUUUUUUUUUGUUCGAUUUGUUUGUAGUUUUUUAACGUUAUUUGUGUGCACUGUGCAAUGUCUGUCUGGCGCCAGCAUCCACUGAAAAUUGGUCUGUUACUUCAGAAUUUUUUUUAACUCACAACCCCGGUGCUGGUGUGAAAAAAACCACUACUAAAGACAGGCAAAAAACACUAAAAAACAGCACUUUAUAAAUCCCACCAAAGCUUUGUUCAGCUUCAGGCCAUGCUAGCGACUUCACUGCAUGGGAAAUCCGUUCUGUCACGUUCCUUGAAGUCCAGCUUCAGCUGCCUGAACUUUAUAAUGUGUUUCUUUGAAUAUCAUUUAUUUUAGUAUGAGGGACAGAAAGAAAUGUGUUGCUCCUAGCCCUUUGGGGUAAUGGCUCUGGCUUAGUAGUGUUAUCCUGCUAUAGAUUGAUGAAAAAUCCUAUGCAGCCAGGCAAGUGCUGUUUUAAAAAUAGCAUUUCUAAGGGAACACUGACUUCAGACUCUGCAUAGUUAGGAAAUUCUCUCAAGCACUUUAGCUCUCAUGUUUUCUGAUACUUGAAUGCUGCUGCAUUUUCCUUUCCAGCAGGUUUGCAUUUUUGUUAUUGGCAAUGUUUUGUUUUCAUUUAGUGAUGUUUUACAAACUCUAAAUUUAGUGUCCUUGAGGGAGGGAUGCUCAAAAAAAAAUAAAAUACUACCUCUGCCACUCAA